AUGUUUGACAAGGCGAAAUUAGCCCCUAAUUUGGUGAUGCGAUAUGAGCGCCAAGGCGACAGGACGGACGGGCCCCGGGCAGGCAACGUGUUAUUAGGGCCGAUGCGCUCGUACGCAAAUCGCCCGGAUAGAAAUAAUUACGCGGCGACCGCUGCCAUUAUCUCAAACUAUACACAAUUGCCGAGCGCGGCCGCCACCGAGGCACCUCGCCGCGCGCCCUCUCACCACGAGACCGGCCCCGGAGCGCCCUCGCCUCGCGGCUCCACCACGGCUCGCAUCCCGGGGCCACAACCAGUACCGGCACCCGUCGCAUGGGAUGCGAGGCGCGAUGACAGCUGUGUGCCGUCGGCCAGGAGCCACAAAAGGGCUUUUUGUUACAUUUGGCGAAAUUACGCAUCGGCCGGUAAUGGGCUGCGGCCCUCUUCCAGAUUGAUAAGCCAUUCCCGUGGUGCCGUUAGCGAUUUAGCGUUCAUCUGUAUGCACGCGGCAGACGCGCGAGUAAUCCAGCAUCCCGGCCGCGGACCCCGCUACCCCCCCCCCCCCCCCGCGCUCCCCCCACCGCGCCCCCACCGCCCCGCCGCACUUUUUGCAGCGCCCGCGCCGUGGGAGCCGUCCCGCCUUGACGCUUCGUCUGAUGCUCUU